AUGGACUUCUCUGUCUGCGCUUCAGUAAUGAGAGCAAAUGCGACUGCAUACCGCUUCAGGGAGAGAGAAUUCAACAGCUCCUCGAAUUUGGAUGAUGCUUCUUUGUACUAUUUGCUGGAGGAAUGGGCUCUCCACCCAUCAGGCACAAACGUGAAGAUGUUUUUAAUCCCUCCAGUUGUCUGCCUUGUGGCAGGCAUCCUCAUCAACCCUGUCAUCCUUUUUGUGAUCUUCUCUAGGUUUAGGAUCCGUCAGGAAACAAGGUACCUGCUGCUGGGAAAUGCUCUGCUCUCUGAUCUGAUCUACCUGGUGUUCUACACCGUGUCAGCUGCUCUCAACACUGCACACGUACAUCUCCCGAAGGAAGCUUGUGUCCUCCUGUUAUUUUUGCUGGCCGUGGCUUACUGUGGAGGAUUGUUCACAGCUGCUGCAAUAGUCUUGGACACGUACAUAGCUAUUCUGUUUCCUUUGCGCUACAUCACUAUUUUGCCUCCUUCACGAACUAAGAAAAUUAUUGUGUUGCUAUGGAUGUGUUCUGGGGCUUUCCCUGGGAUUUUCUUCUUGGUGCUAUCGAGUACUCACAGCUUUGUGCCCUGUGUCCUGGAAACGUGCUCGGUUCCAGUGAUACUGAUAUUAACUCUGAAUGGUAUCGAUGCUGUGAAGCUCUGCUUCUGGCUUUCUACCACGGUUAUCUUUCUUUGCCUGUCUCUAAUGUUUUGUUGCUAUGCUAUUCUCUAUUUUAAAACCAAACAAUCAGGUAUAUGGGAGGGCAUCUGCUCCAGAGCCAGCGUAACGUUCUUAAUGCACAACACUGUAUUAUUUUUCUACUUCUUUCCACUCUUGGCCCUUUUUGUAGAAUCUUUCUUGUGCAUUAACAUUGUCGUCAGACUGCAGACAGGAAUCUGGGUCUCCCUGAUAGUCUGCAAUGUCCUGAUGAUUCUGCCUAAAGUUUUGUUUCCUUUUCUGUAUGGACUUCGAUACAGAGAGAUCUCAGCAUCUCUCAGAUCCAUUGUCAGGAGGAAGCACCUUCGCCAAGUGUCGCCUGCUCCAUCACCAUCCUGA